AUGGCGGCGCAUGCUAACGACAGUAUACCGCUACAGGAGGUAGAGGCAGCACCCAGCAGUGAUCUGGGCAUAGAAAAUGGCCACAAACGUUCUGGAGAAUUUAGUGAACAAGUUCAAACCGACAAACUCACCGUCGAAAAUGACAUUGAAUUGGCAACGAUAAAUUCUACGGAGGCUGUUUUGGACACCAAGAAAGACGCUCUUGACGAAGUAAACGGAUCAGCAAAUAAAAUCCUGGAGCAAGAACUUCGGCCGGAUUUGGCUCAGUUUAUGGCAGCUUGUCAGCUGGGUGAUUUGCCAACUAUACAAGAUUUGGUGACCAGCGGGAAGGUUCAAGCGACGGAAACGUUUUCAGACGGGAUCACUGGGCUUCAUUGGGCCGCAAUCAACAAUCGCAUUCAAACCGUCAAGUAUUUGGUGGAACAAAAAGUCAACGUCAAUGCAUUGGGAGGAGAGUUAAGGGCUUCCCCUUUACACUGGGCAUGCAGAAAUGGUCUAGUAUACGUUGUGGACUAUUUGCUUUGCCAUACCGAUGCAGAUCCUGCUCUUCGCGAUGCCCAGUCUUAUAAUGCACUUCAUUUGGCUACCCAUAGUUCCAACAUAACCCUACUCGUUUAUAUGCUUCUUUCUUGCUGUGGACUGGGAAAAAAGUUGUAUGUUGACGAACCCGAUAGCUGCAACAGAACAUGUUUGCAUUGGGCGGCAUAUCAAGGUGAUAUUAUGAGUGUUAAUGCUCUUUUAAGGUUCGGCGCCGAUGCCAGUAAGGUCGACAAUACCUUGUUCCUUCCGCUUCAUUGGGCAUUUAUGAAGGGCUACAAGUCGGUUUUGAAGACAUUGUUGGAAGCAGGCUCGGAUAUCUUUGCCAAAAACGACCAGGGAAAGGACUCGUUUGCUGUGGCCAAAGAUAUGAACUGCUACGAUUUAUGGGUAAAAGUACUCAAGGAAGCCAAUCGCGACCCCAAAAAGGAAUGGGCCAUCAAGUACCGCUGGCUUGAUCCCAGGUUGGCCAAAUUAGUGACGUUUUUUACCCCAUAUGUUGUGUUGCCAAUAGUGUUCGAGAUCUGCUCGUUCCAUAAUGGUUUUGCAAUUCCCAAAUUAUUUUCAUCGGUGAUCCUUUUCGUGGCCAUGUUCUACUUCCUAAGCUACGUCAUUGUUCCCAACUACCUACUUGAAGAUAAGCCGAUUCCCAAGUCGCCAUUUUUAGCGGGCAUUUUUUCAGGUACGGCUUUCUGGUGCAUUAUUGUUUGGAUAACAAAGUUACUUCCCAACAUCUCACUUGCAAAUGUUCUCGUCAACUUGAUUCUCGCGGUGCUCAUUGUUGGAUUUGUCUUUUGUUUCUUCAAGGCAAUGUUCAUAAACCCAGGAUUCGUACCGACUCCCACUGACAAUGAAGUCAUACUCGAACAGGUCAAAGACUUGAUUGACUUGGGAAAAUUCGACACCGACCAUUUCUGCGUGGACACAUUUGUUCGCAAACCAUUACGGUCCAAAUACUCACGAUUCAACAAGCGGUUGGUGGCCAGAUUCGACCACUACUGCCCAUGGAUCUACAAUGACGUUGGGGUAAGAAAUCACAAACUUUUCAUGACUUUUGUCUUUGCAUUGCAUUGGGCUAUAGUACUCUUCACCUACUUGACUAUAGAUCUUUUCAGCACUUUGGAAGAUGCUCCAGGGUAUGAAAGCGACGACGAAUCCAACCAGUGCAGCCUUCUCUCAGACGACUUAUGCUUGGGGUUCAAACAUCACCAUUUCCAUUUCAAUUUGAUGGUUUGGUGCUUAUUGCAAUAUAUCUGGAUUGCGUCCCUCUGCUUGGGGCAAAUGUUCCAGAUUUCGAAAGGUUUAACGACGUGGGAAUUCCGUCUUCUCAACUCACAAAUGGAGAGAACAAGCGCCUACAAUCAUUCCACGGUACCUCCAGACUAUGGUGUGGGAAUUGCUACAGCUUCCAACCAACCAGCCUCACCCACACACAGACAUAAACUGCCUUUUACUACAUGCAUUCAGUUGGUGGGACUCGACCAAUUCUUCAUGACUGCCAAAUUAACAAUCAUGUCUUUCAUCAAUCGCACUUCAAAUGAAGCCUACAAUCCAUUGGAGACGGUAGAUGUUCCUUUUGACCAUGGAAUUAAGCAGAAUUGGCUUGACUUUUGGUUUCUCGGCGAAAUCAAAUUCAGAAGUCUUUUCUUCUUGCCAAUUGAAGGAGAGAACAAUUUGAAUGGCCAAGUGGUGGACUACUAUAAACUUUAUGAGGUGCCGAAACAUGCCCGCGAACUUGUAUAG